AUGGAAGGCUUAUUGAUCAACUGCACCAGGCCGAAUUCUUCAUGGUUUGACCUCAUUCCUGUCCAAAGUAUUCACAGCACACCGGGGAAGCCAAAGCACGCCGAAGCUAAGCUCUGGUCGCUAAGCAGACCUACAGUAUGUUGCCUCUGGGAAACAAGAGAAAAUCGGAUUUCUGAUUGA